GACAAGCUGGAAGUCGGUUGCUACGUCCUCAUCCCAAACUUCGUGUGGGUCAAAGUUGUGGCGUGGACCUUCAGCCAGGAAACUGAAAACUUCAGCUGCGCUUGUUUUGGUGACGGAGAAGUUGGGUGAACUUAGCGACGUACGGGGGCGCCAUGUCCCCCCGGCGGUUGGAGGCGUCCGGAGCGACACGGUAUGAGAAAAUGACUCCACACUGGACCGUUUUGUUGGGCUGUGGGUGUGAGACCCUGCUGUAUUUUCUGACUGACAACACCACCCGCCGCCGCUGCUCCGUGUCAGACUGCUAGCAUGCCACGCAGGCAGCUAACUCCUCCAAAGAGAAGAAAACUUUGCCAACUAGUCAAGAGCGACCCGCCGAGCGUGAUACUUUGACGUUUUGUGCGUUUGCCGUUUCCUGCUUUAAAAAGCCGACAAUGAUGAAGGUUAGGAGGUACUUGAGGGGGAGUGGGAGGGUGCUGGCAUUCGUGUUCGUCGCCUCUGUCAUUUGGCUGCUCUUUGACAUGGCUGCACUCCGCAUAUCAAUAAACGACGUGAACGGCCAGCUGCUGAAGGAGCGAGUGAUCCGAGAGAGGGAGACCCUCAAGCAGCAGUCCAGGGUGACACAGCUGAUGAAGAGGGGGUUUAAACACCCGGUUCAGAGGGUGGAUCCUGCUGUCACACAGGCUGGGAAAGGGCUGCUCAGUUCAGGCAUCAAACUAGCCCAAGUGUACAGACAGGGGGGUGAGAAACAGGACCAAAUGUUAGGGGAUAAAAAGUUUAACUCUUUUCAAGGAGAUCAUCCUCCCAAGACUGACAAGCCUAAAUCUGUGCUUCCUGAACGUAAAGACGGCUUGCAAAGUCUCACAGCAAAGCAGGGCGUUCCUGCACAGAAAAAAGCAGUAAACUUGGAUCUGAAUGGGACAAAACUGGAGAAAAGUGGAGUAAUAGAUAGCUCUAAUGUAGUGAUCUUACCUGCAGCGGCGUCUAAUAUAACCCGAGCGCCGCCUGGCGUUCAGGAAGACAAACACGCUCCGCUACUGACCUCAAAGAGGGGACCCAUUCAAGCUGGAGAUGUUGUGCAGAAAGCUGAUUCAAAGACAAACGAAAAAGUCAAGGGUGAAACUAAGAGUGCAACAAAAGCGAUGCACCCUGUUAAAACAUCUAAACCUCUGAGUAAAGAUGUAAAAGGAAAGGAGGUGAGUAAUAAAACAGAGGAGAAGCUCGUCAGGGCGAUCGCCACGGGAGAUCCAAAUGCAGCGAAGGAAACCCUGAAACCUGCCAUGAAGCUCCGAGCUGGAGACGACUCCAAGGACAACUCCACUGCCGUCAGGAAGCCAGGAGUCCACAAAGUGGUCUCUCUGGAUGCCACUCACGUACCCAGAGAUGCCAACGCCGUGGGCCAGUUUGGUCAGGCGGCGCUUGUCUCCAGCAAGGAAGAGCCAGAGGUGAGGAAGAGAUGGGACGAAGGGCAUUUUAACGUCUACCUGAGUGACCAGAUCCCGGUGGACCGUGCCAUCCCGGACACCAGGCCCGACAUGUGCGCACAGAAUCUGGUCCAUGACGACUUGCCUUCCACCAGCGUGAUUUUCUGUUUCGUGGAUGAGGUGUGGUCCACGCUCCUCCGCUCUGUGCACAGUGUUCUCAACAGAUCUCCACCGCACCUGCUCAAAGAGAUCAUUCUGGUGGAUGAUUUCAGCACCAAAGACAAUCUGAAGGAGCCGCUGGAUAAGUACAUGUCCCAGUUUCCCAAAGUGCGAAUCAUUCGUCUGAAGGAGCGGCAGGGCCUGAUCAGAGCCAGGCUGGCUGGAGCUGCUGUAGCCAAAGGCGAGGUUCUCACCUUCCUUGACUCUCACAUUGAAUGUAACGUGGGCUGGCUGGAGCCGCUGUUGGAGAGAAUCUAUCUGGACCGCAAGAAGGUGCCCUGUCCGGUUAUUGAAGUCAUCAGUGAUAAGGACAUGAGUUAUAUGCUGGUUGACAACUUCCAGAGAGGCAUCUUCAAAUGGCCUUUGGUGUUCGGCUGGAGCGCGUUACCAGACGAGUACAUAAAGAAGCAUAACAUGACCAUCUCAGAUCCCAUCAGAUGUCCGGUUAUGGCUGGAGGCCUUUUCUCCAUAGACAAAAAGUACUUCUAUGAGCUUGGUGCCUACGAUCCCGGCCUGGAGGUGUGGGGUGGGGAGAACAUGGAGAUUUCAUUUAAGAUCUGGAUGUGCGGAGGGGAAAUCGAGAUUAUCCCCUGCUCUCGAGUGGGACACAUCUUCCGAGGACAGAAUCCUUACAAGUUCCCCAAGGACCGGCAGAAGACGGUGGAGCGUAACCUGGCGAGGGUGGCAGAGGUCUGGCUGGACGAGUACAAGGACCUCUUCUACGGGCACGGGUACCACCACCUGCUGGACAAAAAGGUCAUCGACAUCGGCAACCUUACCGAGCAGAUUGAGCUGAGGGAGAGGCUCAAAUGCAAGAGCUUCAAGUGGUACCUGGAGACUGUGUAUCCAGAUAUGGACGCUCCCUUGGUCAAAGCCGAGGGUCUGAUCUUCAAUCGCGGCUUAAGAAAAUGCCUCAAUCUGCACAAAGGCUCUCUGUUUUUUGAGAUAUGUGAUCUCAGCAAGCAGAGUCAGCACUUUAAUUACACCUGGAUAAGGCACGUUCGCCAGCAGGACGUAUGUGUUGCCCCCCAAGGCAAGGGCAACGGCUUUGCUUUACUGUUAUGCGACAACACCAAGGCUGAACUCCGCUGGUUCCACAAAUCCUCCAACUCCGCUCUGGGGGAGCACCUCAUAGCGGAGUUUGUGUCCCACCACAUGUGCCUGGAGGCGGGUCCUCAGGGGGACACUCUUCGCCUCAACCCAUGUGAACCCAGCAACGCCUUCCAAAAGUGGCAGUUCACACACUACCACGCUCAGUGAUGAGACCAAAAUGAGUUUAUGUGUCAAAGCAUGCACUGUGAGGACCUGCAGCGGCCUCGCGCUGCAGCCCACUCCGCGACCCAGCCUGUCCAGGGGAGGUGGGGAGCACUUUGAUGGCAUGUGUGGUGUAAAGCAGAGGGUGUGGGGAUAUGCAAUGUUUCUAAUGUCAUAUCAGCACAGGCUGACCUUGAGUUUAAGCGCCUGUGCCAGAAGAAAGAGUGGAUCUUCUCCCUGUUUAUGAAGAUCUGGACCAGAGUUUGCUAAGUUUAGAAAAGAUCCUCUGCACUGGCAUGUGGAAGAAAAGGCUUUAAGGGCUUCAGGUUAAUGAAAGAACACUCCGAAUCCAUCUUGAGCACAACAUAUCAGUUCACUGCCAAAGAUAGAGAAGAUAAACAGUGCCUUAUAGAUUUCAGAUGUAAAAGUGAUUUUUUGUGUGUGUGUUUGCUCUGCUGGGACUGAAUAAUGAGUUUAAUUGCAUGAAAUGUAGAAUUUAUUCAUUUGUAUGAAACGGCUCACAUCUUUUCAGUGAGACAUCGUCUUUUUUUGGAUGUUACGUUCAUCACUUUUGAUGGGUUUUAAAUGAUGCUUUAUGUAGCUGCAGGUCUUGUUGUGAAAGCCGUCUCCCUGUUUGUAUGAAUUUCUUCUCGUCACUAGAGGGAAGCGUUGGUUCAAAACACCCAAUAAACCUGUGCUGUGAUUUCAUGAUCGUUAUCAAACCCUUUAACCACAGAUUAAAAGAAAUGGGUUUUUCUCUUCUUAAUAAUGUAAAAAAUAGAAUGAUGAAGAUAAAGACUUAACAGCGUGUAUCUCCUUUUAUUUGUUUCUUCUCCACUACUCA